GGAGGCCACGAGCAGGUAGUCAAGAUGCUGCUCGACAAAGGCGCCGACGUCAACGCGAAGGGUGGAGAGUACAGCAACGCACUGCAGGCAGCUUCAGAGAGAGGAAACGAGCAGGUGAUCAAGCUGCUGCUCGACAAAGGCGCCAACAUCAACGCGCUGGGUAGACGCUACGGCAACGCACUGCAGGCAGCUUCAGAGAGAGGCCAUGAACAGGUGGUCAAGCUGUUGCUC